UUCGGUUCCUUCCCAGACAGGGAACAUGAAAACCAAGCUGACAGGGUAACAUCUACACCUGGGCAGAGGACUAUUCCUUCGGGCUAAUGCUGGGGUAGAAGUGAAUCUGAGGAUCCCAGGACACAGACGAGAGAUUCCCGGCAACCAACAGAGGCUCCAGAGAAACAUAGGGGGAUUGUUAAUAAAUCUCAGCGUUCCGGCUUCAAACACCAUGAUCGGAUCGCCAAAACAGAUUCAUCGGCAACUUGCUCCAUGUGCCAUGUUCCUCCUUCUCGCUGUGUUGGGAACUGCUUUCGGACAAAAUGACUGUGGGGACUGCUUCCACCUGAGCUCGGGGGCAAUUACUGGAAUUGUCUUCUGUGACAUCUUCAUCACUGUGCUGAUUGCCCUAACUGUGUAUUUCAUAUCAAAUAAAAUCCAAAAAAAGAAAGACGAAGAAAGAAAUAGAAACAGCCAAAAAACUGAGAUUCAGGAAAGUGAACGAACUUACGAAGAGCUUCAAGGACAAGCAAGGGACAUCUAUAAUGACAUUGGAAGGGCACGACGUUAAUCCCUAUCCAUGUUUCUGGGGAAAAAAACACGUCUGACUCAACCCAUCAUCAAAAGCAGUUAAUGAGAAAGUACAAUGAAAAAAAUAAAUUUAAGGCAAAUUGCAUGAGAUUUUUUAGGGCAGGGCUUUCCAGGGGUCUCCAACAUAGGGUAGUCCAUGAGCUACAGGAAUUGAAGCCAGCAUAAGAUGGGACGUAGCCAAGAGAGACAUCUUACCAGCUCACGAGCCCCUCAUAAAGCAAAGCCAGCUCACUUGCCA